AUGUUUGCCAGAGGCACGGCGAUGGAGUCGAUGGUGCGGAUGAGCCAAAAUGUGCUCAGCCGCGUUGUGGCGCAGGAACGGGAUAACGCCAUCCUGCAGGGUGAUGUGCGGCUGCGUGAGGAGGAGGCGCAGCGGGCGGAAACGGAAGAGCGGGUCGCUUUUGCAGAGGUGGAGGUUUCGCUGCAGGAGGUGGUGCGCUUGUGUCUUUUAUGUGCCACUUCAGUACCGGACGAGGCGGUGGUGGACGCGGUAGUGCGGCAGCUGACGCAGCACAUUGGCGAGGAGGCGGCGGCGGCGGCGCAGUCCUUCGCUUUGGAGGCGCAGCAUGAGAGGGUGGCGCUUCUCGCCCGUCGCGCGGCUGCGGAAGAGGAGAAAAGGGCCCAUAACGACGAAGACGCGUGUCGUCAGGAAUGCGCCGAACGCACAGUCGAUGAAGAGGUGGCACAGCACGAGCGACUAGAAAUCAUGCGGGUGGAGCAGGAGCGCCUGGAACUCGAGCGACGUACGGAAUUGACAACACUGCGGUACGCCCGUGAACUGUUUCACGUGAACGUGGACUGA